CAGGCAGGCAGUAUCUGCAGCUAUCAGCUGGAGCGGCGGGGCUGAGCUAAGCUGAGCUGUGUGUCCGAAGUUACCCCAGUUUUAGGACCCACGAGGCCGGGGUUAGUCUCGGUUUUGAGGUCUGAGGACUGAAGUGUAUUUUUUAUUUAACAAACAUUCUCUCAAAUCCCUGGUGCCUAUUCUUCCCCUUACAAUUUCCUCCCCUUUAUUAUCGGGCUUGAGUGAGAGGAAGGGAGAAAGGAGCGAGUUUCCCCCCGUUUUUUAAUCCAGGAGGAAUGAGUUAUACAGUCUGAGAGGAGACCACCACCAUCCGCCUGACCGACACAACAAAAUGGAGUGUAAAGAUUUUGGCUCUGACCUGGAUAAAAAUGGACUGCGCCCGGCAGAAACCUAUCCCCCGGCAUCUCCAGACGUACAUCCGAUUAUAACCAACACUGAAGAAGAGAAGACCCCCACAAAAACAGAUGCCAGCACGCCAGUUAAAAAGAAUGCUGAACGAAAAGCCUCUUCAGCUCCAAGACCAGAUGUUGUUCCAAAGUCUCCUGCAACACCGAGGGCAAAUAACAGUCCUCAAAGAAAAAAAGAUGCAGUGAAGUCAGAGGACAGGCAGAAACUGGCGAAGGAGAGGAGAGAGGAAAGAGCUAAAUAUCUUGAAGAGCGCAGCCAUCUUCAAGCUGCUAAGAAGUCAGAAUGGCUGGAGAAGGAGGAACGGGCACGACAGCUGCGAGAUCAGCAGUUACAGGAACGCAAGAAGAGGCUAGAGGAGCAAAGGAUAAAGGCUGAGAAACGCAGGGUUGCCCUGGAGGAGAGACAGAAACAAAAACUGGAGAAAAACAAGGAACGCUACCAAGCUGCCAUCCAGAGGUCUACAAAGAAGACUUGGGCUGAGAUUCGCCAACAGAGGUGGUCCUGGGCCGGAGGGCUGAGUGCCAACUCAAGUCAGAGCCAAAGCCGGUGCUCUAUCUCAGCGGUCAACCUGCCAAAACAUGUGGACUCUGUUCUAAACAAGCGCCUCUCCAAAUCCUCCGCCACCCUCUGGAACUCUCCCAGCAGAACUCGUCGGUUGGAGUUAAGUCCUUGGGAAAGUAGCAUUGUGGACCGCCUGAUGACACCCACUCUUUCCUUCCUGGCACGGAGUCGCAGUGCUGCCAGUGUGCUCAACAACAGCAAAGACUCUCAAUCACCAGUGUGUCCUCGUUCAGCCUCAGCGAGCCCACUCACGUUGUGUUCCCACCGGCCCCACCGAUGCUCUGAACGCUGGAGAGUCACAGCCAGCACCCCUGACAUCACCCAGCGCAACCGCAGACGAGACUCCACACCUAUUGAUAAAAAUAAGAAAGAGAAAAAAGACAAAGAGCGUGAGAAUGAAAAGGAAAAGAGUGCCAUCACCAAAGAGAAGGUGCUGAAAAAGAGACAGUCUUUGCCAUCAAUCAAAACCAGAACUGAAUCCAGUCCUAGUCCCAGUCCCUUGUCAAGACGGGCUGCCUCUCCAGUCACACCCAAAAAUAAGACUGCCUCACCCAUCACGCCCAAAGGUAGGGCUUCCUCCCCCCGACCUUCAUCAGCCCUGGUCAGCCCCAGCACUCCUAAACCUCGACCCAAGAGGGCACGGACGCCUGCCCGAGUGGAGACACGCACCCAUUCACCUGCUGCUGUAGAGCGAGCCCAAGACAGCCACAGACCAGCCAGGCCUGACAACACCAAAGCCUCCUCUCCAAUCCCGUCAGUUGUUUUAACAACCGUUCCUGACACACCACCCUCCACGGACGCACCUGUCACGGCCGCCAUCACCUCCUCUGUUACUGAGAAAUCUCUGGCCAACUCCAGCAUUCCGCUGACUUCUCCAGCUCCCUCUCCUGCCAAGCCCAUGGCUGGAACCAGUGACCCAGAGGAGGCUGCACGUAUUUUGGCCGAAAAGAGACGGCAGGCCCGAGAGCAGAGGGAGAGGGAGGAGCAGGAAAAGCGUGAGCAAGAGGAGAAAGAAAGGCUUGAGCGGGAGGAGCGGUUAGUGCGGGAGGCCGAGGAACGGAAGCGCCGGGAGGAGGAGGCGCGGCUCAUGGCAGAGCAGCAAAGGCUGAGAGACGAAGCCCAGCGUCUGCAGCAGGAGAAAGAAGCACAAGAGAGAGCAAGAGCAGAACAGGAGGAGAAUGAGCGCCUCCAGAGACAGAAAGAGGAGGCUGAAGCAAAGGCCCGAGAGGAGGCAGAGCGACAGCGUCUGGAGAGGGAGAAGCACUUCCAGAAGGAGGAGCAGGAGAGGCUGGAGAGGAAGAAGCGCCUGGAAGAGAUCAUGAAAAGGACACGCAAAACAGACACAGGAGAAAAGAAGGACAUUAAAUCUUCCACUCCUUCCCAAAUCAAUGGUGGAAAUUCCAAACCUGAAUCUGAGAGCAUAAAAGCAUCAGCUGAAUACCAUCCAGAGGUCAGGCUGAAUAGCCAAUCACAAAGUGGCAUGAAAGAGAGUUCUUCAUGCCUUGUGAUGAAUGGUGUCCAGCCCUUCAAACAUGAGAACGGCCUGUCUUCAGGGGGCGAGACAUCCCACUUUGAAGAGAUCCUCCAGCUCUCAAAUCACAGCAGCAGUAGUGGUGGUGGGAGGGAGAAGUCAGAGGCUGAUCUCCCUGGUGAGCCAAUUGUGUCUUUUGAUAGUGGGAACUCAUUCCUGAAGAAAACAGGCCCUCUAAAGCCUCAGCAUGUUGCAGAGGUCCUGUGAGAAACACUGCUGUUAGAUGGAGACGAGCCUUAUCUGCCUGGCUCCAACACUCUGCCUGAGGGUCCUCGUGUGAUGAAGCACAGCCUGGCCAGAGCCGAGCCAAUCUAAUCACUGACUGCUGUUUAGAUUGUACUGAGCAUUGCCACAGUCAGAAGCCUCUACUGGGCAAAAGGGUGUGAUUACAAGAAGCUGCUCCGCAGUCAAGCUUAACUAAACAAACCUUCACCUCCCACCAAGGUGUAUCUGCAUCACUAUUUAUGAAGAACCCACUGAGAAGUCUUGCACCUUAUGGCAGACAGCUUCAUGCAUCUUAGUAAUCACCACAGAAAAAAGAUUUAAACACACAAGAGAAAAAAACAUGAUUUAUGUCUGUCUUUCUUAUCAUCAUGGGUUUAAAUGAGAAGUGCUUUGCCUUUUUUGUUUUUAAUGUUUAGUUAUUUAAUGUGAUGAGAAUUGUAACUACUGGGUACAGCUGUAUGUGAAUAAUGUAAAUUGGAGUACAGGAGGAGGAGGUUUGUGGAAUAAAACUGAAUGAAAGGGAA